CAUCUGAAUACAAUCAAGCCCAGCUUCUAAAAUGCCCACUAUUAAGAAGCGACGUAUCCACCAAAAAGUUUCUACACUUAGUCUUGUAAACUUUUGAGGGACAAAGUUUUGGUAGAGAGAGGAAAAAUGGUGAGUGGAGGAGACCAUGCAUGUUGUGAAAAGCAUGGGAUGAAAAAAGGAGCUUAAGUUUCUACACUAGUCUUGUAAACUUUUGAGGGACAAAGUUUUGAGGAGAGAGAGAGAGAGAGAGAGAGAGAGAGAGAGAGAGAGAGAGAGAGGAAAAAUGGUGAGGAGACCAUGUUGUGAAAAGCAAGGGAUGAAAAAAGGAGCUUGGUCUGCUGAAGAAGAUGAAACCCUCAUCAGCUAUGUCAAGAUUCAUGGUGAAGGCAAGUGGAGAAGUGUUGCUCAGAAUGCUGGUCUGAAGAGAUGUGCCAAGAGUUGUAGGCUUAGAUGGUUGAACUACUUGAGACCCGGCAUCAAACGAGGUGACAUCACCGAGGAUGAAGAAGAUCUCAUCAUCCGGCUCCACCGCCUUCUCGGCAACCGGUGGGCCUUGAUCGCGGGGAGGCUUCCAGGACGAACGGACAAUGAAAUAAAGAAUUACUGGAAAACCACCCUCGCCAAGAAGUGCGGAUCUUUCUCGCCCCAGCCUUGUACGAGAACAUCGAACCACGAAGAGGAAACUUUGCACUGCCGAAAUCAUGGGUCGAUGAAUCAUUUUGAUCAAGUUAGUGCAGACCAGCCAUCAGUGGCCGGCAUGUGCGGAAUUCCUAUUCUACCCCAAGAAGAAAAGCACUGUUUGGUGGACAAAAGCAUAGGCUGGAUGAAUAACAGCUGCAGCAUCGACAGUCAAGGCUUGUUCUCUUCACUUCUGGUCGGAGAUGAUGGCGAUGAGAAUCACCUGAGCUUUUUGAUGAACGCCGACAACGAUAAAGAUUUCAUAAUGGGUGUUCCGGACUCGAAUUCAGAGUCAUUUCCUGGUAAUAGAACAGUGCAUGAAGAUUAUAAUUAUGACAUAUUUGGUGGGCUUGACAAGAAUGAUCUCAUGGCUUCAUCUCCUUCUGAUACCGGUUCUGAUGAUCAAGUAGUCAGGGUUGAAACUGAGGUGGUGUGUGAUCAGCAACCGUCGCUACAUGUGGAGCUAAAGAAGCUGGCUUUGUUUCUUGAUUUGGAAGAUGAAUGGAAGGAAUUCUGAUCUGACAAAAAUUAAUAAAGAGAAGUAGUAGCAAAAUAGAUUGACCGACAAAUUGUUCGGGUCACCUAAAUUUUACAUUGUAAGCAUUUGAUCAAUGUUUGUUGUUUCUCUCUUCUAAUAAAAUGGAGAUUAUUGUAUCCUAGUUUAGUUUUACGCUAGGUUAAUGGCACCACGAUUGUCCUCGAAUUUUAAGCUAA